CCCGUUGCUGACGCUUAGCAGGAGGAGAUAAAUCAAGCUCGUGCUGCGACAGUGAUUAAUAACAACGCCGCAGGCGCACACCGCGCUGUAACACGUUCUGCAUUUCUAUUGGCGGACUUUCCUGGGGUCAAAGAAUACCGUAUCUACACCCGAGCCCAGCGCUGCGGGCUUUUGACGUGGGCGUCAUUACAAGAACAUGUACGGUACAGGUGACAGGUAUACCGGGUCGAGCACUUGACAGCUACACGAAAGCUGCGCUACUCCACCCGGAACACCAAACAUGGCGGUGUUGCCGGGCUAAGGUACACAGAUGUGAGACCGACGGUUCACGGUUGGAACUGAAAGUCGGCAGCAGGCCUCCCAACGAUGUUAGCGAGGUGGCGCCGGUAAUAUGGCAGACGAUGUUGUCCUGGAGCACGAGAUUGACCACAUUGAGGACAUUUUGGUAGACGAUGACCCAGAGGCACUGCUCGAUUUGUGGGUGCUGCAGUCCCGGCACAAACAUUGUGAUAUUACUACUGACGUGACGUCACCUGCCUUGAGGGAGGAGGAGCUCGAGGCACUAGAGCGCCAUUUUCUUAUCGACGAUGUUGCCUCCUGCUUUGCAACCAGUUUGGCAACAGACGCCGAGACCUCCCUGGAUGACCCGUCGUCCGAGAAUGGCAGGAGGGCACCUCACAACUCCGUUGAUGAUGAUAUCGAUGAGGUGGAGAUGACCCAUGGUCAGCAAGUCGAGACGUCACGGUCAGCGGUCCAAAAGGCAAACAAGCGUGAUGGAUGUUCCUUGUUUGCUCGAAAGAAGCUGUCUGCAAGCCAAACCUCUCUCCUCCAAAAUGGCGCCGAGGUGACAUCAGGGAAAAGCACAACAUCAGAGAAGCUGUCGCUUUCUAAAGAUAUUCUCCUUGAUGAAGAGAACGAGGGCCUUAUCAGCUUUGACCUACCAUUUCUGCCGUUGCCAGGACGAUGCUAUGACGUCACAGAGCGAGACAGCAAGUUUACGACAACAGAAAGACAAGCGGCAAUACCGCCCCCUUCGGUCUCAGUUUUUCAGCGUGCAGAACCAGCGAGUAAAACAACCGAACCAUCGCGAACGUCACGUGGCGUAACACCCUUAACUCAAGAUGAAAAUACGCUGCAUGAUGUGACGCCCUUAGUUGACCACAGCGGUACGUCACACACACAUGACAUUGAGCAGUCAGAUUUGCGCAGUGCGUCACCACGAACAAGACCGUUUUUGUCGCGUGCACAAGAUCAGAUAGCGCGUCACCGAAAUCCAGUUACGACGUCACUCACAGUUUCCUAUGGAAGAGGAAGUGAGGUCAUGAAAGAGAUAGGACGUUCUGAGCAGCAGCAACAGCAGCUAAGGAAGAUUCAAGAAUACCUGGAAACAGUAGACGUCUUCUUGAACUCAGCCUUGAAUCCCAGGUCAUCCGGGCAAGUUGUUCGCAGCUGUGUCGCCGACGCCCGAGAAAAUGUGAGGAAAGCGUUACAAGAGCUUGGUGCAUUACAGUCCUGUGACGUCACCAUUGACGUUGCAUCUCGUGCUAGGCCACUCAACGACAAAAGCAUUACUAGGGUCACGCAGUACGGACACGAAGCGCAGAGAAAAGACAGUCUCGAAGGCAUGCGUGUGAUGAAACCGGCUGACCACCUCGGAUCACCCCAUAGUAUCAACGUCAUCGCUCCCAAGCCGCCAGGUGCUGACGGUUUUGGCGAGGAAACGACUGCAGCGCCCAUAGUUGACUUGUCGCCAUGCCCGUCUGGUGAGCAGCAGGUCGAUGAAAGUGACAGCAGCGAUGGCACAACGACGUCAAAGACAACGGUGAGGGCGAAACCACCUUUCGAAGCCCCCGCAACUCCCCAGUCAGUCCCGCUACCCUCCUCCGAGAUUGCCCCUCUGAACCCGACUGACGCAGCGGAAGUGACGUUGGAAAGAAUCUCAGGGGAAGAUUCCUUGCCUCUGUUGGACCAGAAUGCCUUGACGGACAUCACGAGCGUUGCCACGGUGUCAGACCAACGUUGGACGUUGGAGGGUAGCUGCGUUUCAGCUGAUAUGAGCACUUCUGCGGAUGAAUCCAGCUAUUACUCGGACGACGACGACGACGAUGACGAAGACUUGACGGAAAACGGUCUUCUUUGCCCUGGCGACCGCCACGGCUUCUUUCGCCGCCCUUUACUUGAAUUUGGUGCAGGCGACCCGGACGACGAGGUGCUGAGAGAAGAGCGUAUUCUUCGGCAUCUUGCAGCUGUCAGGCAGCAGGCAGUGCCCUCUGCCGUCAGAGUGGAGACGGUCGUCACGGCAACGGGGGAGCGCCUAGGCAACCACUUGCUUGCGUUGGAUCAGUCACGUGGUAAAGAGCAUGUCAACGUAGGCCACUUGUACCCCUUCACCUCCAAGUCUUCCCAUGUUCCCACCCCCUCUUCACUUCAGAUGUCGGAAUGUGACCAGGUGACCAAAGGCGAGGUCAAGGUAGUCGAACGUAGGUCACGUGGGAACAUGUCUGAUUCGAGUAAUGCUCGUCCUCGAGGUGGCAGGGCGACCUUCGCUACGUUUGCGCGAUUCUUCAGACCGCUUCAGUCGGUGGCGCUGUUCUCAGCACGACAGAUGACAUCAGAGGAAUUUCAGGACAGUUACGACAAACAGUAUGACGCCAUUAAGGUCAAGAGGUGUGAACUGGACAACGAUAUACCUUGGGACCAGCUUCAGUUCUCAGACACUGAAGAUGACACAAAGAGCGAGAAAACAUGGCGUGAGCAGUCAUCAGGAGACGACAGCUUCACUCAAGCAGAUCGGACAGACUCAGACUCAUACGUGUCUGCGAGCGACUAGGCAUUGUACAUCCAUGAGUCUUGGCACUGAGGCCGUGAGUCUGUGUACGUCACGUGCCGGGCAACUGCUCGCCACAGCCGAGAUCCCUGCUUACAACAGCAGCACAGACCACAUCUCCGUGGAAAAAACAGAUUGUGUGGAACAUCAGCGAUUCUUCUCAAAGUAAAAACUGCUGCAUCACGUUUUGUUUCUUUUCUUUUGAAAAGUCAGCAUCCUUCUGGCCUUUGUGAGUCUUCUGGCACAUUCGAAGAACAAAAGAACUGAUUGUAUUUGCCCUCAAAGAACGGAAAAGACAACGCCUGUGAGAAAUGGACAGACAAAAAUAUUCAAGUCGGUAGCAAAGUGUGAGAAAGA